AUGAGUACUUCCACUGAAGUUGUGUUCGUAGUCGCGGUUGCAGAUUUAGAUAUUUUUAGUCAGCGGUUUAUUCUUUCAAAAUUCAUUAUGGCGGACGAGGAGGAUGGCGAAUUUUUUCGGCUUUUCGCAGAUGUCCCCUUAAACCCACCGGAAAAAAGGGACAUGUGUGAUAGGUGCAAGUAAGUAAGCUUGUUUCUUAUUUCAUCGGCUAAAAGAAAAGCCUUGGCGAAGAAAUCAAAGAUGUUUUAUACUGCUGUCUGUGUAUAUAGCAACCGUAUAUACCGGUAUGUCUGUACUGUAUGUAGCAACAUCAAAUCACCCGAUGGAAAAGUAAAUCGUGGGAACUCACCAGAAACUGGAACACGAUUAGCGACAGUGUUACGCAUACCUCCCUUUUCCGCGUGCAAAAAGGGAAUAGAAGACGUUUGCAGUCUGCAUGCAAGCUAUGAUGGUGAUUGCUAUCGGAUAUUUUCAAUCAUCGUACACUAUAGGGCUCGACUUCAAAAAUAAGAUGAUGAAAAACAAAGUUGCAUUGAUGAUGUUAAGAAUUUUCUGUGAAACCCAUGCUUUUUUUUUAUGAUAGACCAAUAAAUUGAUCCCGAAAGGAUUAAUUGCACCAGAUGAAACACUGAGAAGAGAGUUGAAAAUAAAAUGUGCAGCAGAGUAUUUUUGACAAACUUCGGGGUGUUUCAUGUAAUAUAUCAAACAUGAGAUGCAGUGUUUCAUCACCAGAUGAAACACCGAGAAGAGAGUUGAAAAUACGACGCGCAGCGGAGUAUUUUUGACGAACUUCGAGGUGUUUCAUCUGGUGAUGAAACACUGUGUCGAAUGUUUGAUAUUUCUUCUCAAACAAAAUCAUUUUUGAAGGAGAAAUUAAGGAUGCAAAUACUAAGCAGUGUUUCAUCCGAUUUCCAAACACUCAUUAAACAUUAAUUUCCUUUGUAUUUUCUUAAUGAAUUAUUAAUGAGUUUGAGAACUGGUGAUGAAACACUGUGUGGAAUGCUUGAUAUUACUUCUCAAACAAAAUGAUUUUAGAAGGAAAAAUUAAGGAUUCAAAAAUGGGCAGUUUUCCAUCUAAUUUCCAAGCAGUCAUAAAACAUUAAUUUACUUUGUAUUUUCUUUAUAAAUUAUUGAUGAGUUGGACAAAUAUUUUUCAGGACUCUCACCUCCGCAGAGGUCCACCGUGUACCUACUAUUUUAUUUCCGUUUUUAUUGAAUUACCUAGUGGGAGCUUUUUUGGAGGAGAGAGGUGCCAUGCCACUUUUGGGAGUAAUAGGGUAACAGGGAAAGCUUUAUAAUUAUCAAGAAGCAGGGGAGAGACAAGUCUUUAUGUAAUGGAUUCCAUCAGAACCUACACUGCAUGGAGUGUCCAUCAUAGAGUUGCCUACCUCAAAGAGAUUAAACCCUUUCACUUCUAGUGGUGACACAAAAACAAGUCUCUCUUUGUAACAUCCUGAAGAUCUGCUAAUUAACAGGUUUCAUUGAAUGAUAAUAACACAGGAUUUUGAGAAAGAUAAAUUUUUUUUCAGUCAGUGACAGGGGCAGCUUGUAAGAAAAAAUCUGAGUUUCUCCAAUAAGAGAUAAACCUAUUACCUUUUGGUUACUAGUCCAGAUGCUCCCCCACUACGCUACAGGAGACUGAAGGGAGCUGAGGCCACUAAACAAUUACCUGUGUCACUGACUGAAUAAACGUCAUUUAUUCAUUGUAAAAAGUUUAAAUUUUUUAUCUCAGGUAAUUUUUGUUUUUCUUUUGUUUUUGGAUAUGCUAACGUAUGCUAAUGAAGUUGAAACAAAGGAAAAAUAAAAAUUACGUGGGAUAAAAAAUUAACUACAACACAUAUAACAGGCUCAAAAUUCACCUUCACGUCUCUAUCAUUGAACAUAGGAUUUUGACCACAGAUUAAAAAGCUAGACUGACAAAAUCAAUCAUAUCUCUAAAUUGUAGUCCAGGAGUGAAAGAGUUCAAGAAAUGCUGAAGAAUGACAGGGGGGUAACUCUUAGUGUCUCUUUCAGGGGGGAGGUGUUUGUCGUAUAGAGGUGUUCAUUAUAAGAUUUCUAAAGUAGAGUAAAUCAUUUCUUGGUUUUCACAUGAUGCCACCAAAUUGCAAGAAUAAAGAAUUAUCGAUCCUCCUAAAUUAUUGCUUUCAUUACAUUUUAGAGAAGCUAAAAACUUAUAUUUUUGCUGUACACAUUUUCACCCCAAAAGGAAUCUUCAUUUUGUGAUAAAGAAUUUUCAUUUUGUAAUAGAGUAUGCUUGAAUUUCUAACCUUUUGUGUGACGCAGCAUUUAUGUGGCAGCCGAGAGAGCUGUCCUGUAGGUUAAAAAGUGACUUAUUUUGGGGGAUUUUGCUGUCUGAACAGGCCUUGUUUUAGGGAAGGUAUUACUUAAAUGUUUUUUAGUCCUUUGAGGGAUGAAUUCACACUUUUGUUUAGCAAAACUUUGUAACAGAUGUUUUUGUUGGUUUCCGUCCACCAUUGCAUCUCCAUAGAAAGUUCUAUAAAUUAAUUUUUAGGUGAAACAUUUCACCUAAUAUCUUGCAUGUGAAAUAUUGCACCAACCUGAAUCUUGGCGAAGGUCUUUGUAUUCAUUCACCUUCAUUCAUUUCCCAGAUUCUGGACUUUAUCUAUUGAAUGGUUUUGAUUUUUAUUUUUGAUGGCAUGAUGGUGAAAACCAGCAAUUAUUACAGUAUGAUUUUUAACCCCUCAAUCUGUAAAAAAAUGUUUUCAGGAGACCUCUGUCAGUCUGCCUGUGUGCCCACUUUCCAUCCAAGUACCUUCAGAUUUCCACAAGAGUUCAUGUCUUACAGCAUCCCCGUGAGGUAUGUGUCAGUAGAAAUAAUAUGUAGUAGCAUUUUAACUGUUAAUAGUCAUAUUAUUCAUUCAAAAAUUUCCCAGAUUCUGAUAGGCUAAAAGCACACGUUUACCGGUAAUUCUCCAUAACCAGUUACUGAUGACCAAAUUUGGAAGAAUUUUGUGUUUAGCGAGGGAAUGACAUCAAAAAUGCAGCGUUUUUGCAGGUUAAUGCACCGUUAACCGAGAAGACCUGGGAAUGAGGUUGAGUUGUUUUGGUUGUGAACUUGAAAAAUGGCAGACAUUUCACUUGUUUCCAGAGUAAGAACUAGGCGAAAAAAUAGCUAACAACAUGCAAGAACAGCAAGAAGACAACUCGAAGGGCGACAUUUGCUAUUUGGAGAAUAUUUGCGGAGCUGAACAACCCUGAACGUGCACUAUGGAAGGUGAACUUAACAUUGUAAAAUCAAUGGAGGUAAGCAUUUUUUAGCUAUGUUUUUAAACUAGGAAUUAUUUUGAAUGAAUAAUAAAACAAUAAUAUUAUUGAAUUCGGCUUUUGUAUCAUAUGAAGAAUUAUAGAGAUCUCGGAGGGUGUUAUCUGCCUCGGCCUACAGCCUUUACGGAUAACACCCUCCUCAAACUCCAUAAUUCUUCAUAAGAUACUUAGCCUCAUUCAUUAAUUGUUAAAUAAUUAUGUAGAUUUUCCAACCUGUUUUAGAUACCAGUAAAUAAAAAGUCUUACUGCAUGUACUACCAGUACUAAUAGUUAAUAAUAGUUACUGAUAGUAUUAAUGUAUAAUUUUUAUCCUGCUCUUCCUUUCAGGAAUCUCGACUUUUAACAACCGUACCACUAUUAGAGGUGUGUUUGCCCCCAGAGAAACUCGUCAUUCGCAGAGGAAGAAGAUUUAAUUCUAAAACUGAUUGGCCUGAACUUCACAAAAUCAUGACCAAGCCUACCACACUACUUCUGUAUCCUGGACCUGAAGGUUUGUGAGUGUUAUCAUUCUCAAGAUCUGAAUCACAGGAAAAAAUAACGGAUUCCCAUUUUUGGAUAUUUUGGGGUAUUUAAAGAAUACCCACAAAAAUCCCAAAUUUGGAAGAGUGAGACAAGUCCCAAUCAGGGAACUUGGUUGGGAAUUCCCUGGUUGGGACUUGUCUCACUUUGCCAAAUUUGGGAUUUUUAUGGGUAUUCUUUAAAUACCCAAAAAUAUCCAAAAAUGGGAAUCCGUUAUUUUUUCCUGUGUAAUAGGGUUGAUGUGCUGUGAGACCCAACAUGCAGCCAGCGUGUUAAGAAAGGGCAAUAGUUGGUUACUUGAUCAACUUUCUGUAAACACAAAAAUAGUUCACUUUUGGAAAAUUUUGUUAGCAGGAACUGAAAGAGCAUAUUAAAAUUAAGUAAGCUGUAAAUUUUCAUCCAUCUAUCUCAAGAUUAUCCACUGCAACGGUGGCUGAAAAUUAGGAGGAUUUGUAUGAGGAAGACAACUCGUACCACCCAUUCACACUUGUUUGGUUUUCCAUACAAAUCCUGUAAAUUCUGAAAUUUCUAAACUGUCGUUGAAUCUUUCCCUUAUGCAUUUAAGGGGCCGGCUCAAGUUGCCUGUUACAAAUAAAAAGGAGAUUUGAGCCCUGUAAUACUUAAGGAAAUAUUUUACGACAGUUUGAAAAUUUCAAAGUUUACAAGGACCUGUAUGGAAAACCAGACAAGCAUGACUAGGUGGCAGAAGUUGUUUUUCUCAUACAUAUCCUUCUAAUUUUCAGCAGCCGUUGCAAUCACUACUUUUGAGAUAUACGGCUGAAAAUUAACAGGUUACCUUAUUAUAAUAUGCUCUUUCAGUUUGUGCUAACAAAAUUUUUCAAAAGCAAACUGUUUUUGUGUUUAAAGAACGUUGAUCACAUGAUCAACUAAUGCAAAAGACCCAUUAGGGCCAUGUUGAUUUGUGAUGGCUUGCGUGCUGGGUAGGUCUUUUUUUCAUUGAAAGCUCACAGGUACAUUGAUCACAGUCAUCAUCUUGAAAGUAAAUAGCCUGUCAACCUCAUCCUUGGUAUCAUUUUUUACUCGCCUCAACUAUGUCAGUUUCAAUGUCCAGUAUGGCAGGAGAGUAUUAGUCACAUAAACAGUGUCAUAUUAUUCACAUUUCAAAAUACACCUGCUUUGCAGGCCAUUUCAUAGCAAAAUUGUUCAGUAUUGUCCAUCCAUUUCCUUUUAAGAAACCCUGUUCAUGCGACCAUGUCAUUAAAUGCAGCCAAUGGCCAUUUUCUGAAAUCCCAACAGAUUCAUUCCUUUAUAAAUUCACCUUUUUAACAUGUCUACUCAAAACCAAAUCUGCUUUCUAAUGGCCAGACAAGUGAAAAACAAAAAGAAAUCUUGCAAAAUACUAGUGCUCGAGAGUAUAAGUAGUGUUCGUAGAAUUAAGUACCGGUAUGUUCUGUUCUAGCAAUAAAAUAGCCAUUUUCGCACUUAAUUCAGCACUAAAUAUAUUGUUUGAUAUGCAGUAGAAUCUUUAAGAAAAAAGAAAGUUGAGAUGAUUGACAUAUGACACCUUACUGUGCUUAUACGGCCACCUCGUUAAUAUGGCUAAGACCUGUUAAUGGAUAUAUAGGACAUAUUAAUGAGGUCUGUCCACUGUAACAUAAAAUUGUGGAAUCCUUUUGACUGCUGUUGAGGCUGAACUAAAAACAGUAACUUGAGUAAAGAUUUUCUAGAACUUCUUAUGAUCACAUGUUCUUUUGUUCCUACCAUUAGCUGAGAAUAUUAAAAAAAUGGAUAAACUUGCACCCGGAGAGCAUUAUGACAUCAUCGUUCUGGAUGGAACAUGGCGGCAAGCAAAAGAUAUCUUUCACAAUAAUCCAUUCCUCUGCCAGGCAAGACAGGUGAGCUUAAACUCCGAGGUGCCACAGAAAAGGUACUAGACAAUGUAAUAUUACUGGGCAGUUCCAUAAGUUUUAGAUUUGCAGAUACAGGCUGUAUAAGAGCCAAUCUGCACUAUUGAAAAAGCUGUAUAUAUAGACAAAUUUUCUGUCAUCAUCAAUGCUUAACAAAUGCGGAUGGUUGAUCACAAUGUUACAAAUUUUGACAGAGAUGGGACAAUCUUCAAGGUGCCGCAGACAAAAUUUACCCCUUGUAAAAACUGGACAAAAUCAAUGAAAUAAACAGAAAGGUGUUUUUCUUGUCAAUGAUUUGUGUAAAGCCAUUAUUCUUUCCAUUAAGUAAUGACAGAGGUGACGACCUGUUAAAAGUAAAUAGUUCCAUCUACAUCUGGUGUAGAUAAAUGUUUUCAAAACAAAAAUUGUCACCAUGUAAUUUUUGGUUUAGAUGUUUCAAAGACUGUUCCAAAUUUGUCUAGUAGUGUGGAUCAGCCCUACUCUACUAGGGAAGACAACCAUGGCAACCAAACUCAGACUGGAUAGCCAGUGCCACAAAAUACAGUGUACAUUUCUAAAUUGUUUUAAAUGGUUUCCAAUCAGGGAAUUUUUUUGGCAGUCUAUGUGCACCUUUGCCACUUGAGCACCCUGCGCAUUAUUCAUACAGAUCUAAUAGGCCAUUUUCGAGUUGGCCCAUGCCUCUGUUUCAAAGCAAGACUAUGUGCAAAGCUAUUGAUAUGAAAAUGAUUUUUUAUUCUCAAGCAAAUAACAACUCAUUUUCAGAAUAAAGGGUUUGCAAUUAGCCUCGUUUUGAAAGUGAGAAUGUUUGGAACUUGGAAAUGGCCUGUUCCAAGCCUGUGCUCUUUAUAGGCAAAUUAGACAGAGCCUAGCCUACGUGUAGCCGCACCCUUCCCCCGCUCUCCGUUUUUCGUUUUGGGGGAGAGGGUGUGGCUACACAUAGACUAGACAGAGCCCAGAUGCAAUUAGAUAAUUCCUGUGGUGUUACCAUUCAAGUGAAACCCUGGGAGCAGAACUUUUGAAUGGUCUUGAUUAUUCCCUAGGAACUUGCAAGACGAAAUUUGGAAAUUUUGUCAAUUUUUUUUACUUUGGCAGCUAUAAGAAUUGAAAGGGUUAAUGUUAUUUUAAUGUUUCUUAUGUUUUCCAGGUGCAGUUAGAACAUGAUCAUAUCAGUGAAUAUGUGAUUAGAACACAGCCCAAUAGUAAAAGCUUGUGCACCAUAGAGGCUAUUGCUUUGUCUUUAUCUGUUCUUGAGAAUAAUGAUGAAGUUGCAGAGGUGAGGAUAGCAGUUUGUGGAAUUUUUGAUGAUAUUGUUAAUCCCUAUACAGACUGUUUGUGGUGACUCCCCUAUUUUUCCAUAGGAUCUUUGAGAUCAAGUGCUUUCUGUUACCAUUAGCUAAACUACAAGCAGCCUCUCUUUGUUCUUUGACCAUGCGAGACUGCUGCCCUUGUUUCUCAUGCUCAUGCACGCGUGCAUGCCCCUGACUAAAUGUGAAGCAAAAGAGAGACUCACAGUCUAAUGUUGGCCAUCUUGGUUAAAAUGUACUGGGAGGGUGGGCAUGAGUGUUUAUAGCGGUUAGGGAAAGGCAAUGAAACCUCCCAAAUCUUUCCCUGCCCCCCCCCCCAGGUAGAUUUGAUACUUUUUCCCAGGCAAAGGAAACCAAGAUGGCCACCCAUAAGGGUCUGUUCUUGAUCUUGACGAUCUUACAGAAACAUACAGGUACAUGUAGGAGACAGUGAACAGUCUAGUCCCUCCUUGUCUUAUUUAAUUUUUUUUUUAUUUCAUGAGGCAUGUCUUUACAUGACAGUUGACUGUAUGGACUGUCUUUGUGAUAUUCUUCAUGACAUCUUUCCUGUAUAGAUGUCAACUCUAUCCUUGUAGACACCUUGCUAUAAAGAUAAUCAAUGGUUUUUAAACUUAAAAAGUCAUGAUCUUUGAGCUUUCUGAAAACAGGAACAACUCCCACUGCUACAGACUUUUCAUUGUCUGAAUGUGUUUCAGGUGUUUGUCAUCUUGAUACAUUUAUUUGACCGCCUACUGAUCAAACAAACUGAGCCGAUAAUUUCUAAAUACCCAAAUUAGCGCCGGGGCGAUUAUUCGAGAGCGGUGCUUAUUAAAAAAUUCUCGGUAAAGAUGCGGCGCUUAGUCGAGAGCGGCGCGUAAUCGAUCAUAAAUUUUACGGUAAGUCACGAGCACUACACGCGUUGGUAGGAAGUAGGAAAAGGCUCGAAAGUGCUGUUAAAAAGUAAAGGAUUCACGUUUGUAGAGUUCUUACAGACUUUCUGCUUGACAACUGUGGGAGAUAUUUCCUUAGGUAUUAAUUUUUGUGUUUUGUCAUUUGCUCUGGCAGGCUUUAAUUCGGCCGCUAAGAGCAUUAUGCAAGAUCCAAUUAGAUCACGGUGCUGUAGUCCACUUUAACAAAGACCAUCAAGAUGAAAUCUUGUUAAGAGCGUAA